AUGGCCUCUGCCCCCCGGGGUUCGCAACAGACAUCACAUUGGCGACGAGGAUGUCGUAAAAGUACCCUGCGCACCGUCCGCGCCCGCCCCAACAUGAGUGUCCCCGGGCUCGCUCCGCCGCCGUUCUUCCUUGCGACGCCCGGCCGACCGCCACUACCAUGGGAGCAGUGGGAGCAGAUGUUCAACGUCUACCUGGUGGUGUCCGGGGCCGCCGAGUUCACGCCAGCACGACGCAAGGCUAUCCUUUUGCAUUGUUUGGGGCCGGAGGGCCAGCGUAUUUAUCAGACCUUACCUGCAGGGUCGACCGCCGCAGCACCACCAGUGCCAAGCGCCGCAGCGCUCGCCGUUAAGGACGGGGAUAAGUCUGCCGCAGCCACUUCUGACGAAUACGACACUGCACUCGUGGCAUUACGGCACCACUUUUCGACGACCUGCAACGUUGUCGUCGAGCGUCAUCGUUUUCACCGCCGCCGUCAACACUCAGGCGAGUCCGUUCAUGACUUUGUUGCCGCCCUACGGGAGCUAGCGUCACACUGUUCGUUCGUUUCUCAGGAUGAUGCUCUGCGGGAUCAAAUUGUUGCCGGCAUAGCUUCCAACCGCGUACGUGAACGGUUAUUGCUUGAGGGCCCCUCACUUUCGUUCGAAGGCUCGGUGCGAAUUGCGCUCCAAUUUGAGCAAGCAGCUGAAGAGCUAAAGGAAUUUUCUCCUUUGGUCGACAAAGUUUCAAUGCAGCGUCGUCGUAAGAAACCAUUGCAUUCAUCGCAAAAGAGCAUUUCACAGCCGGCAGCCCACUUUCAGCAGAAGCUAACGAAAAGCGCCAGCGGCUCACGUGCGCCGCAGGGGCACCGCCCCCCUGAACGGAACCGAGAACACAGUAGGCGCUCCGCGUCGCCGCACUGCUUCCGAUGCGGCUCGCGGGAUCACUUCGCAUCAGAUAUGCAGUGCCCAGCGCAUGGGAAAAGUUGUUUGUUUUGCGGUCGCAAGGGCCACUUUCAAAAUGUAUGCAACCGCAAACGAGCUCAAGUGCAAGGCAGGGUCCGCGAAGUAGAAUGUGAUGACGAUGUAUCGUCGUGUAGCAGUACUGAGCAAGUGUUGACUGUGGAACGUUCCGCUCGUAAGGGAAUUCACGUAGAAGUGCUGGUUUCGAACGUCAGGCUUACACUUCUUGUUGAUUCAGGGUCAUCCGUUUCAAUUUUGUCAGAGCAAGCAUUCCGUCGACAUUUUCAGAGUUCUCUUGCACCCUGA